UAAAACUCGCUCAUAAACGUUAUCAGAGCAAUUGUGCGUGUUAUUUGAUUCGAUUUAUUAAUAAAAAAUUACGAAAAAUUUCUUUACUGGUUUUUAAAAGAUUUAAAAAGAAAUGUCUCUUUAUUAUUUAAUAUUUAUAUUAGUGCUCCAAAACCAACUUAGGUUUUCUCAACAAUUAGAUAAGCCGAAAACUAAAGAGACUGUCCAUAAGGCCAAAUGUAAAAAUAUCAAAUGUCCCCCGAUAGAAGACCCGGUGUGUGUGAAAAUAAAAAAUGAGAAAAAUAAUAAAAUUGCCUUUGUCGUAGCAAUAAAUAAAUGUGAAAUACAAUACGCAAAAUGUCGUCAAGAUGUAUCCUUAUUUAUAGGAUUUGAUACUGUCAUAGUGCCUAUGGAAAACUGCCAACACGAUUUAGGAAAUAGUAGAAAGAGGAAUUCAAAACGAAAUAAAAGAGAGACACAAGCACUUGCAAAAUUAGCCGACGAUGAAAAAGAUAAUAGUACUGCUAAUUUAAAUCAAGAUGGUGAUGGUGAACAAGCAAAUGAUGAGGGAGCUGUUGAAGAAAACAACGAAGAAGCCUUGGAGGAAGAUAAUGAAAAAGCCGUGCAGGAAGGUAAUGAUGAAGCCGUCCAGGAAGACAAUGAAGAAUCCGUCCAGGAAGACAAUGAAGAAGCCGCCCAGGAAGACAAUGAAGAAGCCGCCCAGAAAGACAAUGAAGAAGCUGCAGAAGAGGGUAAUGAGAAAACUGUUGAGGAUAAUAAUGAAAAUGGUGAUGAGAAAGAUAAAGUGGAUUACGAACAGGAAGAUGAGACACACCAAGGAAAUAGUAACGAUAAAGACGAUAAAGUAUUAAAUAAUAAUGACAUCACCAACGAUAAUGGAGAUUCUAAAUAUAAGGAAGAGAGUCAUGAUAAUGAGGAUAGAGAAAAUGAGAGUGAGAGGAGUAAGGAUAUAAGUAACCUGGCGCCUGAUUAUGAUCAAAAAACGCAAGAUGUGGACUACAAUCAAAACGAAAAAGAUUGUCCAUCAGUCUGCGCAGCUCGCGCCGUGAUGGUUUGUGCGAAAUGCCAACAUAACAUCUACAGGACAUUUAUGAGUCCGUGUCAUAUCAGACUGUUCAACUGCAAAUAUCCUGAUGAUAGCUUAGAAUUGAUAAGUAGAAAACCUUGUAUGCUAUCAGCACCAUUUUUAACCAACUUACCCGAAGUACGGGGUAGAAUAUCUGAACCAGGAGACCAAGAUCCUGUACUCAAAUUUAUACAUUGUAGAGAUAAAGGAAAACUAGAUGACCCGGGCUGUAAUUUUGAUAGAUAAUUAUUAAAUAAAGUUCAUUUAUUUAAUCAACGUCUAUUUAUCUUAUUGAUAUUUAAAAUCUCUGUAGACUUUUAUUUACACUAGUGUUCGUAAUUUGAAUAUAUUUAAUUUAAGAAAAACA